ACGCGAUAGGCGCAUUCGAAAAGAAUGUUCAUCGCCCCCACAAAAUGGCUACUCGUUCAGGAUCGAAGAAUAACGAUUGAUAACAUCAACAUAACUUCCACGUAUGAUAACUUAAAGAUAUUUGAAGAUCUAGCUGUCUACCCUGAUAGUGACGUGGUCCUCGCACAACGGUUCAGUGAUGAUUUUCUUCAGCUGACGUCAGUGUAUCGUCCAAGUCCACAACGAACAAUAAUAUGGGAAAAUCGUGGAAACUGGACGGUUAAGAAUGGUUUACGAAUGAAUACUUUCGACGUGGCUUCGGCACGGAGAAGGGAUCUUCAGCAGUCGACUCUUAAAUCUUGUCUUGUGAUGACAAAUCCUGACACGGUCAAUCAUUUGACUGAUUUUAAGUAUAAAACCACAGAUUCUGUGACAAAGACAAAUUAUAUGUGGAUACACCAUUUAAUAAACCGGAUGAAUGCAACGGUAACUUUCAAUAUUUCGAACAGCUAUGGAUACAACAAAAAUGGAUCUUGGGAUGGGAUGGUCGGGAUGCUGCAGCGACGUGAGAUUGAUAUUGGCACCAGUAUAUUUAUGCUGGCAGAGCGCAUUCCUGUAGUGGAAUUCAUUCAACUUUACACACGUACUAG